AUGGCAGAAAAAAUUGGAUAUUCUAAAGAAACCUUUGUUUCUCAAAAUGGGCACGUAAUUAAAGCAAAAAGGUUUCUUCAAUACAUUGCAAGUUUCUCAGCAUCACUGGGAGCACUAGCAGCAGGAAUGUCGGUAUCAUGGACUUCUCAAGCUGGUGUAAAUGGUGCCAAUAUAGCAAGGGUAUAUAAUAUUUCCAUUACCGCAGAAGAGUUUUCAUGGAUUGGAUCACUCGCAGCAUUUGGUUCUGCAGUAUCAUGUGUACCAAUUGGUAUUCUUGCAGAUAUAAUAGGCAGAAAGUAUUCUAUGUUAAUACUUGUAAUUCCUUUUACUAUUGGCUGGCUUUGUAUUAUUUUUGCAAAUUCUAUCGCUUUAUUUUACGUUGGAAGGUUCUUGACAGGUUUCAGCGGUGGAGCUUUUUGUGUGACAGGUCCUAUGUAUACUUCAGAAAUUGCUGAAAGUGAAAUUCGUGGAAGAUUAGGUCUAUUUUAUCAGUUAUUUCUCACUGUUGGUAUUUUAACGGUAAGCAUUCUAAAUUUGGGUGUAAAUGUGUUUGAAUUAUCCGUUAUAUCUGGGUUUGUACCAAUAGUCUUUGGUGUAACAUUCUUCUUCAUGCCAGAAACUCCUGUAUAUUAUUUAAUUAAAGGAAAUGAAGAUGCUGCUAGAAAAAGUUAUAUUAAAUUUAGAGGUCCUCACUAUGAUAUAGAACCAGAAUUAAGUAUGCAGAAAAGAAUAAUAGAAGAGACUAGUAAACACAAAGUAUCGUUUUUAACUUUAUUGAAAACUAAUGCUUGUAAGAAAGCCAUAUUAAUAUCGUAUGGUCUUAUGGGAUUUCAACAAUUUAGUGGAGUAAAUGCUGUUGCAUUUUAUAUCGGUCCUAUAUUUGAAACAGCAGGUGGUUCUGUUGGACCUAAAGAAGCUGCUGUUGUAAUAGGUGUAAUUGGAAUAACUAUGGUAUUUAUUAGCACAUUAAUAGUCGAUCGCCUAGGUAGAAAAAUAUUACUUACAAUAUCUAUUAUUUUUAUGUGUUUAUCUCUCUUAGCACUUGGUAUUUACUUCUAUCUCAUGGAAAAAAUGAAUACAAGUAGUCUAGGUUGGUUACCUCUCUUAUCUGUCUGUUCUUAUAUCGUUUCAUUUGCAAUUGGAUUUGGUCCUAUUCCAUGGAUGAUGAUCUCAGAAGUUUUUAGUCCAGAAACUAGAGCUAUUGCUGGUAGUAGUGCUUGCUUAUUGAAUUGGGUGGUAGCAUUUAUUGUCACUAAAACUUUUGUUAAUUUAAAUAAUACUAUACAUAACUAUGGUACGUUUUGGUUAUUUUCAUUUGUUUGUGCUGUAGGUAUCUGUUUUGUUUUAUUCUUUGUCCCAGAAACGAAAGGCAAAACAUUAGAACAAAUACAACGCGAAUUGAGCGCAUAA